AUGGCUCCUGUUCUAAUACUUGUUCGUCACGCGCAGGCUAUUCACAAUCUCAAACAAGACUCGUCGAUCCACGACCCAAGCCUAUCAGAUUUGGGCAUACUGCAAUGCGCCAGACUCGAAGCCCAUCUGAAAACAGAGCUUCCGGCGGAGAUGGUCGAAAACAUCGGGCUGAUCCUCGUCAGCCCCAUGAGACGGACUAUUCAGACCGCUCUCCGGUCGAUGGACUGGCUGCUGCAUAAGGGUGUCCCCAUACAGGCCAGUGCGGGGUGGCAAGAAAAUUCCGACCAUCCCUGCGACACGGGCACUCCCAUCUCCACACUCAAAGAAGAAUUCCCACAAAUUGACUAUUCGUCUCUGGAUCCGGUGUUCCCUGAAAAGAACUCACAGGCAGCGGAUCGCUACAGGUACAAUCGGCAGGCAAUCCUGGCACGCGCCCAGACCUGUCUGGGCGAGCUAUACUCCCUGCAGGCCAAGGCAGUCAUUGUAGUAUCUCACUCGGGGUUUCUGAGGCAGGGAGUGACGGGAUGCUGGUUUGAUAAUGCAGAUUAUCGCAUCUUCGAUAUCCACAAGGACCAGCCGGCGAAUCAUUUCACAUUAAGACAGUGGGAGAGAACCAAAGCUGGCGGAUUGGGGUUGAGCUGGACCGAGGAGACUGAGCUGGGCCAAGGGCUCCCUGAAGAUUCAAGCUUUUCCAUGGCGUCCGAAUGA